AUGGUUGAUCAAGCAAGACAGCGAGCCGAACAGACCGCCGCCCCAAAUCGGGAAACGGCGGCCAUGUUGGAAGCCGUUUCGGGCACCGAUGCCCGAAAAGUCUUGUUCGCACUCUGCAGGGAGGAUGAGCGUGUCCGCCGGCGAGCCGUUGACCUGUUGCAGAAGAUGCCAAGGACGGAUGUCUGCGCCAACUGUAAGGAGAAGUUUGAUGUCAACAGGAACGCUCCUGAUGCAUGUCGCUACCACCCUGGAGACUUUGAGUUAGACGAAGACCUAGAGGUCUGGGGCACAAUCGACGACAUUGGACAGUUCUGCGAAAUGGACAGCGAAGAAUCUCGAGCUGAUGUUCCAGAAGGCUUCAGAUGGAGCUGUUGCCAACGCGUCGGCGACGUGGAAGGUUGUCAAGAGGAGCAACACGUGGCCGUAUUGGAAUACCCCCCUUUGACAUUAGAAAGUUUCGGUGAGGGUCACCAUGCGGUGGAGAUUCCAGGGCAGCAAAGUCACGGCAAGCGCAAGGCUGAGGAGGAUAUUGUCGGCAUGGCGCAAAAGACAAGGACGGGUUCUUAA